AAUAGAGGGGGGGAUAAGCUCACAACCCCCCUUCCAUGCCACAAGCAAAGUACACAAGAACUGAACUGAUGUACAUGGGUAACAAGGCAGAGACGACCAUGAGGCUUCUUCUCCUUGCGCUUCUGGUUCUUCUCCUGGUGCAAGUUCAAGGGGCGAGGCCGGCGGUGGAUCCCAAGUGCGCGGCGUCGAGCGUUGAGGUGGAGCAGACCAACACGGGCGAGAAGGCCGGGUACGACCCGGUGUUCGAGGUGACGGUGCGCAACCGGUGCGGGUGCGCGGUCCGCGGCGUGUCCCUCCGCUCCGAGGGCUUCGCGAGCUCCGUGGCCGUCGACCCGCGCCUGUUCCGGCGCGAGGGCCGCUACUACCUCGUCGGCGACGGCCGCCGGAUCGAGAGCGCGGGGACCGUGCGGUUCCGGUACGCCUGGGACCGCGCGUUCCGGAUGGCGGCCGCCGCCGUGCACGACGACUGCUCCUGAACGAGCUCUCCGGCCGCCGGCGAAAGCGAGCUGAUCAGUUCCGCUGCCAAUCCGAAAGGAUCGUUGCCAACGCGAAGUACUAUUAGUAACCAAGAACGCUUCGUGACAGUGCACUCGUUCUACACAGGUUUAAUGUUCAUCAAGAAGUGAGUGAUUAGUUUGACGAAGCUGUUGUGGUCAAAGGUAAUAAGGCAUGAUGCAAGCCAGCGACGAUACUGCAAUGGUUUGUGCCGGUCCGUGUACAAAUCGGAUUCUGAAAAAAAAAAGAGUAGAACUUUUUGGCGCAGUCA